AUGCCUAUUGUUAAAAAUAUAGCCACAACUGCGGGAAAUGAGGCUGUAAAUGUUGGAAAAAAUAUUCUCGAAGAUGUUUCACAAGGUCGCUCAGUAAGUGAAGCAUUGAAACAGCAUGGAAGCGAAGGUCUUCAAAAAGUAGGGAAAAAACUAGAACAAUGUGGGAAAGGCAAAAGAAGCCGAAAGAAAAAACAAAAUGUUAUUAUAGAUAAUUUAGGAAAGAAACGUAGACGAUAUAGAGACCAACUUAGCCUUGAUGAUUUCUGA